UAAGUAUGCAGUAAUAUGAAAUUAUAUCGUUUUUCAGCUAGUGCUGGCGUGUUUGUCCAAGACGCCCCGCAAUGCCCAGAACAACAUGGUGUUCAAGCUUAUGCCCAUCCAGAAGCUUGUAAUAUUUUUUUCCUUUGCACUAAUGGGACUUUGACAGUGGAAACCUGUGAAAAUGGAUUACUGUUUGAUGGCAAGGGCGCAGUUCACAAUCACUGCAACUACAAUUGGGCUGUACACUGCGGAGAAAGAAAAGCUGAUCUAACUCCAAUCAGCACCCCCGGAUGCGAAUAUCAGUUCGGUAUCUACCCAGACUCCCAUGAAUGUUCAACUAAUUACAUUAAGUGUGCUUAUGGAGAGCCUCAUCCUCAAGCCUGUGAACCUGGCUUGGUCUAUGAUGAAAAAAUUCACGGAUGUAACUGGCCGGACCUAUUGCUCGAAACCUGUAACCCUGAAGGUAAAUAACUUUAAAUCUCAAAUACAA